AUGGGAAGAGCCUCCCCUCAAGGUCUGACCGCUCAAGACUUCCACCACCACCAGCCUUAUGUGAAUCCCCUCGACGUCUUCCCCGCCAAGUCGAGAUUGGCCGGUCGUUCACAAAACUACAGGUCACCGGUCAGGAACCAGGCCACAGCCAGGAGCUCAUCGCGUCUCGCGGCCGAUCGACAUACAUUCGCGUGCUGUGGCGAGGAUGAAGAUGAUGGCUCUUUUCUCUCCUCCAACGCCCUUGACUGUUGCGUCACUUUCGACCAUGGAGGCGACGGCCUUGUCAGCUUUGACGAGCCUUCGCCCGGCUGCUGCGAUGAGCCACAUCACAACUCCCCAACACCCAUGGACUGCGAAGAUUGCGUCGACGACUGUGACGACUGCGUGGAGGAGCAUGUCAAAGCCAUUCAGAGACCCUGCCACUUCGUUGAUCAGUGUGAGGAUUGCGACGACGAAAAGAUGACCCACUGCCCUGAUGGCCCUGCAUGCCAGGACACCUGUGACGAAUGUGACUUUUCGUGCUUCGACUGCGUCGACUGGACCGAAUUUGAGAAGGACAAAAAUCUAGGCCUCUCCUUCUCAGUCCCACUGCUGCACAACAACGACUUUACGCAGUCAGACUUGGGCCUCGAGGAACCUGGUAUGCUGGGCAUUCAGCCCCUCGACAUGCUCAUUGACCCCCCUAACACGGUAGUCCCCCCAGUCGAUGUCCCCAUGCAUCAUCAGUGUUUUGCCAACACAGCCCCUUACUGGGACACCAUUGCCCAGGAACAGCUCUGCUCCGGCAACCCAGGACUAAGUCAGCAACUUCCACUGCCACCGUUCUCCCUCAACUUUGGCUGCCACCCAGCCGUCGCUCACCAGCAGCAGCUGCAACAGCCACAGCCUGUCCCGGUGACUGACGGUGCUCACCUCGCUGCCGGACCAUCGCAUCUACUGGACGGGCUUUCUUCAACGGACGCCCCUAAAGACCCUCUGACCGACACGCAGGACCUCCUCUCCGCCGUCACCGCCCCCAGCACAUCCCGCGCGUGCCAAUGGCUUAUGCCCUGCGGGACCGUGUGCGGCGCCUCCUUCGCCACAGGAACGGACCUCAAAAAGCACGUAAAAGCCGUGCACCUGGCCAAGGGCGUGACCAAAUGCCAAUGGCAAGGCUGCGAGGCUGCAGACUUUGCCUCCGAAGCCGCGCUGACGGGCCACAUCUCCAAGAAACACCUGGCGGCGAUGCUUGCGCACGCAUCGGCAUCGGCAUCGGCAUCCUCGUCGACCCCGAGCGCGACCGCCACUCCGCACAAACACCACAAGCACGCCCACGACGGCGGCCCGCCCUUCAAAUGCACGUUCCCCAACUGUGCCAAGUCCUUCACGUACAAGCACAUCCGCGACGAGCACGUGGCCACCCACCACGGCGGGAACAAGAUGUACUGCCCCAUCUGCCACGCGUACCUCAACGGCGAGGGCAGCAACUUCAAACGCCACAUGGCCCUGCACCGCCCGAAACAUCAACACAUGCUGUGCAAGUUCCACGACGUGGGCUGCAAACGCCGUUUUCCGCGGCUGGACAAUCUCCGGCGCCACGAGGCCUGCUGCAAGUUUGGCAAGAAAGCAAAGGCCGAGGGCGGCCUGGGACAUGCCGGACCGCACCAUCACCACCAUCAUCACACACGUGCCUGA